AUCAGGGCGCCUGCUGCGGGUGUCACUCCCACACCCGCUCCGCCCCUCUUCCGGAGGACGUGAGCGGGUGCGGGACGUGGACCCCGGGUGCUGGGGACCCCGAUCCCCGGCGUCCCUGUUGGGAUCGGGGCCCCAGGAGCGACGGCCGCGGCGAGGGACUGACCUGUGUCCCGGAGCAGCAGUAGGAGGCAGCGAAGAGCCAGAUCAAAGUGCAGAAGAGGAGGAGAAGGGAUCCCUGUGCCGCUGCUUCUCCAGCAGCUUCCUGACACUGGGCAAAGCACAGUGCAGUGAUAAGAUUCUGCCUGCAGGGGGAGGUGCUGAGGGGGAUAGGACCAAAUAAUGUCAGGCACAGGAUACGGAGCAAUCUACAGUCUCGUGAUCUUCUUUACUUACGGAUGGACUAUAAGAAGAUUGCCGAUGAUGUCUCCCAGAAGAUUCUGUCAUACAGUCAAGAUACAUCGGGAUGGAAAGUGGUGAAAUCUUCAAAAAACAUUACUGUCUCAUGGAAACCGUCCAAGGAAUAUUCAGGAAAUAUAUAUCGCGGAGAAGGAAUAAUUGAAGAAAUCCCGGAAAAAGUUAUCCCCUUUAUGUAUCUUGAGAAAUACAGAGCAAAGUGGGACAGCGCCCUGAAAUCCUAUUCUAUUGUAGGAGAGAUUGAUGAGAACACCGUCAUCUGUCACUGCAUCACACACAGCUAUGGGAUGGGGAUUAUCUCCUCCAGAGAAUUUGUAGAUUUGAUUCACAUCAGGAGGUACGAUGGCGGAGUGGUCACCACUAAUACUGUUAGUGUGGAAUAUGACAAAUGCCCUGUGACCAGCUCUCAUGUCCGUGGCUUCAAUAAUCCAUGUGGAUAUGUGUGUUCACCAUUACCUGAGAACCCAGCACAUUCUAGACUGGUGGUGUUUAUACAACCGGACCUGGGUGGUUUAUUGCCGCGUGCCGUGGUGGAAUCAGCUUUACCGAACAAUGUUGUCAACCUCAUCAGCGAAGCUCGCGAAACAAUAAAAAAACUUUUACAAGGAUGAUAGGAUGAAAAAUUUGGCUUCUAUUUUAAUAAAUAGUGAAUAAUAUGAUCUACAUCAGUCACCUAGGCCUUCAUCAUACCUAACACUGAAUCCCCAAUAAUGUAUGACUCCAAACCAAUCAACAUAGAAGACUUUUCAGAUGAUUGUUUCAGACAUCAUGACAAAGCCCCUUUCAUGCGCACUAAUAAUGUGAAAACCAUUUGUUAACAUCUUAUUUAUAUCCGGAGAUAUCAUGGCUUGAAGUUACAGACCCAAAGCUUGAGGCUGUACUACUGAGACAAUUUGAUUUUAUCUUGGGUACUGUUGUCAUAGAGACCUUGUGUGAAUCCAUAUCAUCAUCAUCAUCAGAUACAUCAAUGUACCCAAAAAUAUACACAUAACCUGUCACUAAUAAAGCUGGGUAGUAUGGUAGAUGUCCAUGAGUUUGGAGAUUUGUAACUCUCCAUGACAACAGGAGAUGGUUGUUACAGAAUCUAUUCCAAAGAGAGAAAACGAACUGGCACUCCUUAUAGUCUUUUCGUCAAUAAAUGGCAUAUGGCCCCUAUAGUGGUAGGUGCACUAUGACAAGGACUUUUAUGGUGGUGCAGGAAGCCUUAUAAAGUAGGACAUCUAAUGUAGAUCCACAAUAGAAGAAAUGAAAAGGCUGCACUCACCGUGUGUUUCAUCUGUUGUGCUUCAUUAUAGUUCACAGCAUGGACACAGAGCGGGUGCUUUCACAGGACGGGCGACAUAUGUUUUGCGCGCCUAGCGUAUCCUCUGGCUCCUAAGUCAAACCCUAUGCCAUUAUUUCCUCAAAUACUCAUAGAAAAGCACUCACCUGAAUGUUAACUGCGGUUACAGGUCCUACAUUGAUCCGCUCCGUGCGUUGCGUCCAUGCCACAGGUGGAUAGCGGUACUGGAAGCUGCCGGGUUAAUCAGGUCACAUGAUUUGACUCACGUGAUCGUCAGCCCGCCCCUCGCUGAGGAAAAAACUCCUCUCGCGUUAAGCAGCACCAGCGUCACUGAGGUUCUUAACAUGUUACCUCGGGAACCUAGCAACCAACGACACGCCAACUCACCCGGCAGCUACGCAUAGCACGUCCUGAGAAUGUAUUACUGUAAUACAUUAAUAGAGCCGCAAUGUUAAGUAGGAGACUAUAGGGAAUAAACUAAAACAUAUACAUGUGAGAUAUAAGGACUAUAUACAAAUAUGCUAAAUACUAGAAAAGGUAAUAAGCUACUGCUAAGGCCAUAGAAAAAUAGAAUCACAUGAAUUCAUAAAAAUACGGACACCAGUUUUGUCAUUAAGACCUGGAGAACCCAUUGCGUCUGUUUUUAGUAUCCAUCUUGCUUCUUGUUGGAGUAGUGCUUUAUUUCUAUCUCCCCCAUUAUGGGGGUUAUUCACUACUUCCAACCCCGCAAAUUGUAAGAUGUUUGGGUUUCCUCCAUGUUCUUUUCCUACAUGUGCAAUCAAACGUGUGGAUCCUAUGCCUGUGCGGAUCGACUUAAAGGGGUACUCUGCUGCUCAGCAUUUGACUGUUCCGAAUGCUGGAGCCGGUGCCGAGAGCUCGUGACGUCACGCCCCGCCCCCUCAAUGCAAGUCUAUGGGAGGGGGCUGUCACGCCCACUCCUAUAGACUUGCAUUGAGGGGGUGGGGCAUAAUGUCAUGAGGGGGGCGGGGCUAUGACGUCAAGAGGUUCCAGUGUCGGCUCCAGUGUUUAAAACAGUUUGUUCCAAACGCUGAGCAGCAGGGUACCCCUUUAAAGUGCUCUUGCACCCUAAUAUACAAACAACGGAUUGUUUUCCCUAUGCAGAACCAUCCGCACGGGCAUAUGAUUACAUGUAAAAGCAAAUUUGUUGAAUAUGUGAUCAGGUUCCUAAUUUUACAUUAGGUCCCCCUCUUCCAGCGCUGACUUGCGCUUUGAGGCGGGGCCCCCGGCUAGAUUUAAAUAUUCAUAAGCGCCGGUCACGUGAGCGCUCGUGCCUACUGAGCGCUCCUGUUCCUUUAACAUUUAUAUUGUACACUAGCGCUCAGGCACUUAUAUUUAAAUAACACUCAGUUUCUUGGAUGGAAAAUCUACUGGAACAGGCCUCUUUAUAAGGCCAUGUUCACACGGCAGGAUUUCUGAGCGGAAUCUGUUGAAAGCAUUUUCCGGACAGACAUUCCGCACAAAUUACACUGUGUGAAUAUAUCCAUAGGCUAGGCUUAUACUGUGUUUUAAUAUAGGCCUUUUAUUCCCUGCAUUUUUCUCAUGACAAGUCAUGUGAUUCUUCCAUCAAGUGUCUCAAGGAUUUCUAUAUAAUAAAAAGGGGUUAAAAAAUGCCAACAUACAUGAACACGUUUUUUUCCAUUAAGCCUAAAACCGCCACUAAAGGCUGAAUAAAUGCCCUAAUAAAUGCCAAGCAGCGAGAAAGGCUUUUUUAUUUUAGCUAUUUUUUUUUACAUGUUUUUUUACACAAAUUCUGUGUGAGCAUCUAGCGAUGUGCCUAUCAGCUGUGAUGGACACCCUGUAAUGCAUGCAGUAGAUACACCAGCCCAACUAAAUAGGUGAUAAUGGCUCAUAAAUGUAUUUAUUUUAUAUUUUUUAGGAAUUAUAACUUGAUAAAUACUGUUUUAUGCUCUGGAAUGUGGAUGGGACAAAAGACGAAAAUGUAUGUCCCGGUCAGGUGUUACUUUUGCCACUGUAAUGUACAUUUUUUUUAAGGUCAUCUUGUAAGCGAGAUCAGUGGCAGGAGUGGGGUUGUAAUACUUAGCCAUUCUUCUACCGGGAUCGGAGAAAAUGCCCAUCCUUGCAGUUAUGGCUGGGUUCAGUUAUGGUCCUGCAGGGUUUUCCAUGGUGAUGCCAGCCAUGGAAAUUAUGACUAUGUCCACUACAGAUAGUGCUGCAAAUAUGCUUGGAAGAGUAAGGCUAGCUUCACACUGUGUUAGGGUGU